AUGGACCCUUUUGACAGCUCAGAUACUUGUUCUGAAACAGCAGAGACAACGGUACAGAACACAGAGACAUCACUGCCGUGGGCACGAUUUUCCUCUUGGCUCGAAUGUGUAUGCGUCGUUACUUUCGACCUCGAACUGGGACAAGCAAUUGAGCUUGUUUAUCCCCAUGAUGUGAAACUAACGGAGAAAGAGAAAACAAGCAUUUGCUAUUUGUCUUUUCCUGAUUCUUAUUCAGGAUGCCUUGGGGACACUCAGUUCAGUUUCAGGCUGCGGCAGUCAGUGGGCCGGAGUGGCUCGUGGUUCGGAGAAGACGAUGCAUACAACAAGGAUGCCCCUGUUACAUUGCAGCGAGAAUUGGCAUAUUUCUAUGGUUAUGUGUACUUCAGACAAGUAAAAGAUGAGUCCGUCAAAAGAGGAUACUUUCAGAAAUCCCUGGUUCUGAUCUCCAGGUUGCCGUAUGUCCAGCUUUUCCAUUCCCUCCUGCAGAUUAUUGCUCCUGAGUACUUUGAAAAGCUAGAGCCAUGUCUUGAAGCAGUGUGUAAUGAGAUUGACCAGUGGCCCUCACCUGUGCCAGGACUGAUUCUCAAUCUACCUGUAAUGGGUGUAGUCAUGCAGAUCCGCAUCCCAUCAAAAGAUGACAAACCAGAGGGAAGCCCCAUAAGACAAGGGCAGAAGGAGACUCUUCUCCCGGCCCCUAUGGUUCUUCCCACUGUCCAUGAGCUGGAUCUGUUUAAGUGUUUCCAGUCUACUCUAAUCCACCUGCAGAUGCUCUGGGAGCUGAUGUUGCUAGGAGAGCCAGUGGUUGUCAUGGCACCCUCUCCAACCAUUUCCUCAGAGACUGUAUUUGCCCUGGUUAGUUCCAUUGCUCCACUGAGGUACUGCUGUGACCAUCGGCCUUACUUUACCAUCCAUGACAGUGAGUUUAAAGAGUACACCACCAGGACUCAGGCACCACCUAAUGUGAUACUGGGUGUGACCAACCCUUUUUUCAUGAAGACCUUUCAGUGCUGGCCUCACAUCAUUCGGCUGGGGGAACUGAAGAUGUCUGGUGAUUUGCCAAAGCAGGUGAAAGUGAAGAAACUGGCUAAGCUGAAAACACUGGACACAAAACCAGGUAUAUACACAGCUUACAAGACAUUUCUUCAUAAGGACAAGGCCCUAAUUAAACGGCUUCUAAAGGGCAUUCAGAGGAAAAGGCCAUCAGAAGUACAGAGUGCAAUCUUAAGACGUCAUCUCAUAGAGCUGACGCAGAGUUUUAUCAUACCACUGGAGCGAUAUCUAGCUAGUCUGAUGCCCCUGCAGAAGUCUGUGACUCCAUGGAAGACACCUCCACAGAUUCGUCCAUUCAGUCAGGAAGAGUUCUUAGGGACUCUGGAACAUGCUGGUCCUCAGCUCACCUCAGUGCUGAAAGGAGAUUGGUUGGGCCUCUACCGGCGAUUCUUCCGGUCUCCAAACUUUGAUGGCUGGUACCGUCUCAGACAUAAGGAAAUGACACAGAAAUUGGAAUGUCUUCAUCUGGAGGUCAUUUGUGAUGCGGACCUAUUGGCUUGGACAAAAGACAAGUCAGAGGUGGAGAUUGUUGACCUCAUCCUGAAACUAAGAGAGAAGCUGAUGAAGGCUCGUAAGCAUCAUCUCUCAGUGAAGGAGGAGGUGCUGGAGAAACUAGAGCACUACAUUCACACUGUCAUCAGCUCUUUGCCUGAGGACUUACAAACUCUGCUGCGCAGGCAAUGAUUGACAGACCCACUGACAGAACUGUACCGACGCCAUGAACAGACAGACCGUACUGUACAAACACAGAGCCACUGAUCACCGACAGUAUUGAGUAAAACCCAUUGGUCUCAUAGUUAAAGUCAUUAGAGCAUUUGUGAACUAUGGACUAAGCCUUGCCCCAGAUUGUUUGCACUUUACACAUUUUCCCAGACAGCUACCAGCAAGCUAAAUGACAUCUGACAGUGACUGAUUACAAACACCACAAAAUGCACAUGUACAUACAAAGAGAACCCGAAAGGGU